AUGUUACAAGUUGAAGAGCAAAGAAUUCAAUUGAAUGAUCAACGAAAUCAAAGUCACAUUCACUCUGAUAACUCUUCCUCACCAUCUGCUCUUGUCACCGGACCUGAUCCUCAAUCAAAUCUCACUCGUGGCAAUAAUCAUGGUAGUCGUGGGGGACGUGGUGGAAAAGGUUUCCGUGGUGGCAGAAUCGGAAACAGAGGCGGUUGUAAUGGGGGAAAUUCCGGCUUUAAUCACUUCAGCCGUCAACAGCAACCUCCAGCGGGGUGGGGUUUCGGCUGGUAUCCACUCGCUGGAUCAGUGGGCUCAUCAACAACACAACAACAGGCAGACCUGCUUCCGAUACCUCCUACUCAGCAAUCACCGACCCAUCUGAAUUCAUGGCCCAAUAAUUCUCAACAGUCUCGUCAAUUUGGUCUGGCCCAGUUUCCUCAGCAGGUUUUUACAACAUCAACUGCUCAGCCCACUCCUCCUUGGUCUUGGUUUGGUCCUCCGAGUCAGCAACAAUCUCAGCCUACAACUCUUCCAGAAUUGUUCAACACGAUGUCGUUGAAUGAUCCCACCAAUCACAGCUGAAAUCUUAUGUGGGCUUUGAUGGGUUUUCGAUUAUUUGAAUUAGAUGAAAAGAAGGGGCUGAGUUUGAGGUAUGGUUUUGAAGGUGGAAAGAUGGAAAUAACGACGACUGAUAUCGAAGAAGGGGAAGCUUGUUUUCAGAGUAAUUAUGAUGAUGCUUCAACAAUUGACCCUGAUAUCUCUCUCUCUUAUAUUGAUGAGAAAAUUCAAAAUGUUUUGGGACAUUGUCAGAAAGAUUUUGAGGGUGGAUUUACAGCUGAAAAUUUGGGGGCAAAGUUUGGGGGAUAUGGUUCGUUUUUGCCCACUUAUCAGCGUUCUCCUGUUGGGCCUCAUCCAAAGACACCUUUGAAACUUCAUGCACACAGUGCACCUGAAUCUCCAAAUCCAAAUAAUGUACAUAUAGAGGCUUCCCAAUCAAGUGCAUCACAACCAUCAAGAAAAGGGUCAUCUGCUAAUGGCAGAUUGAAACAAGAAGUCCCCACAUCAUGUGGUGACAAAUCAACUUCUAAAGGCUACCAAUCUGUUAACAACUUACCUAAAGAUUCUGACCAAAAGUCUCUGAAGGUGAGGAUCAAAGUUGGCUCUGAGAACUUGUCAACUAGAAAAAAAGCUGAAAUUUACAGUGGACUUGGCCUUGAUGUCUCUCCCUCAUCUUCAUUGGAAGCCAGUCCUGUAGAUAGUAAUGGGUUCUUUCAUGUGCCUCAAGAUGACCAUAAUGAAUCCCCCACUAGUAUUCUCGAGAUAAUGACAUCAUUCCCGGUUUUGGGAAGUCUUGUAUCUCCUCUUCCUUAUGAUGUUUUGCACUUGAUUGAAAAAGAAAAGGGGAGCCAAGAAAGUAGUGUGACAGCUCUUCAUGGGUCUGAUUUGAGUAAAACUGAUCAAGAUGUUCUUGGAGACUUGUUUGAUAUAGCAAAAGAGGAACCCAUGGAGCCAGUAUUGCCAACAGAUGGUGGUUCAGGUGGAAAGAUUUGGGAAGCUAACAACAUGACUUGUGAUGAAAAGAACCCGGUUUUCUCUAUAAAAACGGAUUCAGAUGUGUCAAUUGGCAGCAAGAUUUUUGAUAGUGGACCAAUGAAGCCUCUAAAGCAGAGGGAUGAUCAGAAAGCUAUGAAAUUGGCUCCAGAUAAAACAUCAUCUUCAGGGGGGAAAAGGAAAUCAAAAGGUCUAGUUAAUGGUUCACAAGGCGGUUUAAAGAAUGAAUCUUUUACAUCUAAAAGUAAGAACAAUGAAGAUCAUAAGAAAAAUAGCGGGAAAGUCAAGGACACCUACAAAGAUUUCUUUGGAGAACUUGAUUUAGAACACGAAGAUGAUGAUGAAAUGGGUUUGGAGAAACCUUCUGGAGGCAAUAAUGGAAAAGUCAAACUGGAAAAUGAUAGUUUAUCCGGAGAGAGAGAAAGAUUAAUUGGAAAGAAAAGUGAAAAACCAUCUUUACAUGUGACUACAAUGGGCAAUGGGCUAGUUUCUGAUGCAGCUGUCCCUAUGGUAGCUCCUGUAGUGAAUGAAGAUUGGGUUUGUUGUGACAAAUGUGAGAAAUGGAGACUUCUUCCACCUGGUGUAAAUCCCAGCAGCCUUCCUGAGAAGUGGCUCUGUAGCAUGCUUGAUUGGCUGCCUGGAAUGAAUCGAUGUAGCAUCAGUGAGGAAGAAACAACAAAGGCUAUGACCUCUCGUGUUCCUGGUCCUUCUGUUCAAGGUGUUCAACCUGUUCAUCCUGGUGGACCUCAAUUAGGAGUGACCUCACAUGAUCCUGAUGGGACCCACCAGCAUUUCGGUUCACAAAUUCGACAUGCUGGUUUCAAGAAAAAACAUGGAUCAAAAGAUCUGACAAAUGAAGCCAAGCUGGAUAGGCCUUCGAUGUCUUCUAACUCUUCAAAAAAGAACCUUCAUGCCUCAUAUAGAAGCAGAAGCCUGAAUGCCACAAACCCUUCACCUGUUAAUGGAAUAGAUUUUCAAGAUUCUGGUCAGUCAAGGGACGUGAAUGUGGUUGGACAAAAGAAAAAACUGGAUGAAGGUAACAAUAACCAUCACUCCAAGAUCAGCAACAAAAGAGAGAGUACUCAAGAUUUCCCCAAAGAUUGCAAGAAAGUCAAGACCAAUGUUGAGGAUGGAACAUUCCACAUGGGAAAAUUUGAUAAAAGAGAUGUUGCAAAGAAAAGAAAAAGAGAAAAUGAAGUUGAUGGUACCCCCAAAUAUGUGAAAGAAACAAGUGAAACCAACCACAAGAGGGAAAAGAAAGCAAAGAUAUUAAAUCCCGAAGAUGAAGGAAUCCCUGCAAGAAAAGGUAAAAACAAUGAAGAUGUGAAAAUGAGGAGCUUGAAGGUAAUAGAUUCUUCAAGAAAAGAUACGGUUAUGGCUGCCACUUCAAGCUCUUCGAAAGUUUCUGGUUCACAUAAAACUAAAACCAAUAAUAACCAAGAAGCAAAAGGGUCACCGGUGGGGUCCGUUUCUUCUUCUCCUCUUCGGAUCUUGAAUAAUCAUAAUAAUAAGAAGUAUAAAGGCGUUGAGCCUUUGAAGAAGAAUGUUUAUGUAGAAAAAUCAAAAGAAGGAAGAAACAAAUCACAAGGUAAGUUUGCAAGUGAGAAUGGUAAAACACAUGGGCAAUCAAAGCAUAAUAGGUCAGAUGUUAGAAUGGAUCAAGAUUCAAAGAAAACUUCAAGGAAAGAUGUAACCGGAAAAGGAAAGUCAAAGUCUUUGCCACCAAGGGGUCAAAAUGAAAAAGAACGUUUUCCACAACCUCUUGAUGAUUCUCGAAAAGAAAACAUGGGAAAUAAUGUGCCGUUAAAGCAUCAUAAGAAAGGUCAGAACAAUAGUGGAAAUCAGCCUAUGAAUGUUAAACAUCCCAGUCCCACACCCAACAUGCAUAAGGGUAAGGGAAAAGACCAGGAUGCCCCUGUUCUUCUUCUGGUUAGGGAUAUAUCCAAUCAGGCUACAACAAGUGCUCUAAGAGAGGCCACAAAUCUUAAACACACAGCUGAUCGCGUGAAGAAUGGUGGAUCAAGCCUUGAGAGUAGAGGGCUUUAUAUGCAAGCAGCACUUAAGUUUCUUCAUGUAGCUUCUGUGUUUGAAUCCUGCCACAAAGAGACAGGGAGAUAUGGUGAUAUGAUACAAUCAGUGUCCAUAUAUGGUAGCACUGCAAAACUUUGCGAGUAUUGUGCUCAUGAAUAUGAGAGAACCAAGGAGAUGGGCACUGCAGCUUUAGCCUACAAAUGCAUGGAGGUGGCAUACAUGAAAGUCAUCUAUUCUUCACAUGCAACUGCUACCAAAGAUGUGAAUGAGUUGCAAUCAUCUCUUCAGACGGGAGGGCGCGGGUCUCCUUCUUCUUCUGCCUCUGCUUCUGAUGUUGAUAACUUGAACAACCCUGCAGCAGCAGCCAUAGCCACUGACAAGGGUGUUAAUAGUAAUAGUAAUAGUAAUAAUGCUGUAAUUGCAGCCCGACACAAACCCAACUUUACACGGAUUCUUAGCUUUGCACAGAAUGUGAACUCUGCAAUGGAAGCCUCGAGGAAAUCACGGAUUGCUUUUGCAGGCUCCACUUCAAAAGAGGAGGCCAUUAAAACGGCUCUUGACUUCAACUUUCAUGAUGUGGAGGGAUUGUUGCAUCGGGUACGGGUGGCAAUGGAAGUAAUUAAUAGAGUAAGGACUAAGGAAGGAGGAAAACAAGAUUCAGAUGCAGAUGCAGUUGAUACUUCGGAAUAUAAUAGAGGAGUUGAGUUAAAUUUCGCUCUGAAACAAAAAGUAAACGGCGUAGUUAUUGCUUAAUGUUUCGGUGAGGAUGGUGAAAAAGAUAAAUGUGGCGGAAAGAUUUUACAAGGCGAAAGCUCGAAACAAUACCUAGGAUCAUUAGUAUUUGGACAUAUGUUUAUAUGAUCAAGUCAGAUAUGCGUGUAUGUCUUGUGUGCAUUUUAAAUAUUCAAUGCACAAACAUUUUAUGCAAGAUAUAGAGGGUUAAUGUCUCAUUUGUUAACAAAACACCUGUUCGUUUGAGGCCUAAAACUUCAACCAAAUUGGUUGGUUAAGUGAGUAGUU